AUGUCUUUCUAUCAACAACCACAGCAGUUUGGUCAAUACAACCCUGCGUCGCUUCCACAACAACAAUCUUAUUCUGCGGAGCAACCGUUUCAGCAAAAGCAAACACCGUAUCAUGUGAGCCAGUCACACUCCCCAGCUCCAGGCUUUCAAAUUCCCGCAGCUCAAUCACAACAGCAACAACAGCAGCAGCCACCGCCAUUCCAGUCAUUUCCUUCUGGAUCUAUGGACUUUAAUAAUGUCAGUGGGUCCAUAGGAGAUCAGAAACUAUCACAGGGCUUCUUGGCAGCAUUUUCCACCAGUGGGUACCCGGGAGAACCUCCAUUACUCGAGGAAUUGGGUAUCAAUUUUAAACAUAUUAAAGAGAAAACGGCAGCCGUAUUAAAUCCAAGGCGUGGCAAUAUAAGUGCAGAUAUCAUGACAGACUCGGACUUGGCUGGUCCUAUUCUCUUCUGCUUAGCAUUUGCUACCUUUUUGUUGCUCAGUGGGAAGACUCAUUUUGGAUACAUCUAUGGAGUUGCCCUUUUCGGUACCAUAUGCCAACAUAUUUUAUUCAAGCUCAUGUCACAAGACGCUUCGAUUGAUCUCAUACGGACUGCCAGUGUCAUUGGAUAUUGUUUGUUACCCUUGGUGUUGCUGUCGGCAGUUGCCGUUUUCGUUCCAUUGGACAACCUUCCUGGGUAUGUGGCAGCUAUUUUGGCUAUUCUGUGGUGCACAACUUCAGCUUCUGGGUUUAUAGUGUCAGUUUUGAGAUUACAGAAUGUCCGCAUGUUGAUUGCAUAUCCAUUGGCCAUGUUCUACAGUGUGUUUGCCUUGAUGGCUAUUUUUGUGGAAAAGACUCAGUAA